AUGGGUACUUGGAAGAGAAGUCGAAGAAGUCAUCUUAUCGAACGUGAUGAUAUCAUAAGAUGGAGACGUCGUUACCUAACUUCUAUAAAAGAAUACAGAAGUCAAGGUAAACCAAUUUAUUACCUUGACGAAACAUGGGUAAAUGAAGGUCACACCAAAGAGAAAGUGUGGGUAGACACCGAUAUAAAAAACCGUAGACAGGCUUUUAUUGAGGGGUUGUCUACUGGUUUGAAAAAUCCAUCAGGAAAAGGAAAACGCCUCAUAGUUUUACAUAUUGGAUCAGAGUUAGGUUUUGUUAAUGAAGGACUUUUACUUUUUGAGGGAAGAAAGACAGAAGAUUACCAUGAAGAAAUGAAUGCAUCUGUUUUCGAAAAUUGGUUUAGUAAUAUCCUGCAAAAAUUACCAAAAAACGCUGUUAUUGUAAUGGAUAAUGCAGCAUACCACAGCAGAAAAUUAGAAAAAAUUCCGACAACAUCAUCAAAAAAGAAAGACAUGCAGGAAUGGUUAAAAAUAAAAAAUAUUCCUUUCAAUUUGGAGAUGGUUAGGUCAGAAUUAUUACAUCUGAUACGAUUAAAUAAAAAUGAGUAUAAUAUGUAUGUAACUGAUGAGAUGGCUAAAGAAAAUGGUCAAAUUGUACUGCGGUUGCCUCCAUAUCAUUGUGAGUUGAAUCCCAUUGAGAAAAUUUGGGCUCAAGUGAAAAAUGAAGUGGCAUUAAAAAACACAACAUAUAAACUGAAAGAAGUAAAAAAUCUACUGUUACAAGCUCUGGACAAUGUAACUCCAACACAUUGGCAAAAUUGUGUUAAGCACAUCCUGAAAGUAGAGGAAAAAAUGUGUAAACUAGAUGGUAUCAUGGAUAGUGUCAUAGAACCACUAAUAAUUUCAAUUGGCAAUGAUGACAGUGACACCAGUUCCUCAGAAGAUGAAUAA